AUGGAGACGAACUAUGCUCAUCCGGACGCCAUGAUGAAUGUGUUUCCAUAUCUCUUCGGUGGCCAUGAAGAUCUUGACCGGUUCGUCGAGGGUAGUAUAGAGUUUCUCUUCAACUGCAACAUGUUCGGUGCCGCAAUAUCGUAUUCCACUAGCUUGACUCACAGGCUCGCCCAGUACAACCGACGGGCGGAUAUACUUGCCAAGUCGUGCACAACGUUAAUGGCCUCGGUGGGUCUGUUCUACUGGAUUGCGCCUCUGCCCGGUAUUUACUGGGCGCACUUUACACGAACUAAUGAGUCCGAACCGCUUCGGUUAGUGCAGCACCUGGAGGUGAAGUUCUAUUGGCUGGACAAUCGUAACUCGCUGAGAGAUUACACAAUCUUCGCCGGGAUCAUGUUGCCGGUCGUGUUCUUGUGCACCAUGGUGGAAAACAUCAAAGUGCUGGCCAUUUCGUACAGUGUUGAGUAUUGCACCAUGUUCCUGAGUCUCGUGACACUGGCCGUGAAACAGUUGGACGAUAUCUCGGCAGAUGAUCGCUUGGCACGGGAACUACAGAAAGUGGUGUUGAUGCAUAAACACGUUUUAGAGUGCGCCCGGUUGCUGAAUAUCGUCCUGAGCCCCCUGUUGCUGCUGCAGUGGGUACUCUGUAUUCUUAAUUGGAGCAUCACUUUGCUGUUCCUCAACCAUUCGGUAGGAGUAAACCUGUCGACACUGGGACUGAUUAAUGAAGGAUUGUUUUCGCCCCACUAGGGAAUUCGCAUGAAAUCAACAGCAAUCAUUGUCCUGUUUCUGCUGGCGACCCUGGAAAUGCUGGCCUACUGCAUUCUCGGGACACGCCUCACAACCCAGGCGGAGCAGCUCGAACACUCCAUCUACGCCAGCCGGUGGUACAAGCUGCCGGUCAGGAUGCAACAGAAUGUGCAGAUUUUAUUGCAUCGCGCCCAAAAAUGUGUCGGAAUUUGUGGCGGUAAGUUUGUGCGCGUCAAUUUGGAGGAGUUUUCCCGAAUGGUAAAUCGCUCGUACUCGGCGUAUGUCGUGCUGAAAGAUCAAAUAAAGCUGAACAUCGAUUAG